UUGCGCACAAUAGAGAACUUUCUCAGCGUUUGCAGUGGAGUUUGUUGUUCACUUUUUAUACAUAUGUAUUCGCGAUUACCUUUAUUUAGUCGAUUUACAACUAUUGGUUAAGUUUCAUAAUGGAUAAAGAGAGACGGCAUAAAAGAGUGGAAUCCCCGGUGCGGGACUCAAAACCGAAAAUCAAACAAGAGAAACUCAGCCCUGCUAGGCCCCAGAGAUCACGCCGCUCGAAUUCGGGGUCCAACGGCAGCCCAAGCCCACCGCCGCAGAGGAGACGAACGAGCAGAUCGCCACCCAGGGCAAAAGGUCAUUCGCCAGGUAGAAGGGCGUUGGGAAGACGAGACAGAUCGCCCAAAAACACCGGCAGGAGCCGAAGCCCUCCCCGCGGUGCCGAUGUGAAAAUAAAGCGGGAGCAGGGUGACCACCGCGGUGCUGACCGAGGUGCCGAUGACCAUAGAAGGCGCGACCGCAACGACAAGCCAGAGCCCUCGGAGCCACCAGUGCGGCGAAGUAGGUGGGAGCAGGCUGACGGACCCAGAGAGUCUGACGGACCCAGAGAGUCUGACGGACCCAGAGAGUCUGACGGACCCAGAGAGUCUGACGGACCCAGAGAGUCUGACGGACCCAGAGAGUCUGACAGACCCAGGGACAGAAAACGAGGAGAGAGAGAGCGGGGUGGUGGAGACAGGCCCAGAGAGCGAGAAUCCCGCUCCUUCCAGGAGCAGCAGGCAGAGAGACAGCAGCACGACAAUCAACGACGGGACAACCGGCACCGGUUUGAGGAGAACGAUGACGGGGGACAAGCUUUCGGACAAGGUACCCAAGAGGGUGGCGAGGGCAAAGACAGCCCCCCAGUCGAUAAAGAGAAGCCCAACUUUGAACUGUCCGGUGCGCUCACAGAAGAUACCAACACGUUCAGGGGGGAAGUGAUCAAGUACAACGAGCCCCCCGAGGCUCGCAUCCCCAAGCGCAGGUGGCGACUGUACCCCUUCAAGAACGAUGAGCAGCUCCCGGUCAUGUACGUCCACAGGCAGAGUGCAUACCUGAUGGGGCGGCAGAGGAAGAUUGCUGAUAUUCCCAUCGACCACCCAUCCUGCUCCAAACAGCACGCUGUGUUCCAGUAUAGGCUGGUGGAGUUCACACGUUCGGAUGGAACUGGCGGGCGGCGGGUGAAGCCCUACAUCAUUGACCUAGGUUCGGGCAAUGGCACUUACCUGAACAACCAGCGCAUCGAGGCGCAGCGGUACUACGAGCUCAAGGAGAAGGACGUGCUCAAGUUUGGCUUCAGUAGCCGAGAGUACGUCCUGCUACAUGAGUUCUCCGACACAGCCGAGGUGGACGCCAGAGCGGAGGAAGAUGACGAGGGCCUGGACGCGUGAAUGCAAGACCUCUGAGCCUUUUCGAAAUAGUUGCUAAAUGCGCGCUUCCGUCCUACUUUCCUUUUUGAAGUAAUUACAGAGCUUAAUUGGUUGGAUUGCUGAAAAUAGUAGGAUUUUGCUUAGUAAAUAUGUGCUUACCUCAGGGAAACAAGGAAGGAAAUGUGCGUUCUUUCAACUAUUCUGACAGGGCCACGGAUUAUCCAGUCAAGUGUAUUGUUGGAAAAUAAUGUUCACUGAUGCCUACCACCUGUUGGCCAUCUCCUUAACACGGAUGGAACAAUGAACUGCAUAGAUGGUGUGUUGGGUUAAGCAGCUUUCAGGGUUAACGGAACAAAUAAAAAAGAGGGGUAGGAGAAUUCUGUGGUCUCUUUGGCGGUCAUAAAAACCUGCUUUAACCUGCAGUAACAGGUCUCAGUACUCUAUUCUCAGGACAUUAGCUUAAGAUCAGUAGUGUGGUUGAUUCCCCCCCCCAUAUAUCUGACUGCUUACGUUCAACACAAGUGCUCAAUGCCAGAAAGAAGUUAUGUUACAAAAAAUUAUUUUGUUAUUAUAUUUUUGGAAUAGAACAUUGAAUACAAAUUAGUAUAUUGCUGAAGGCUAGCCUAUGUCCAGACCUUAACUGUAAAUACACUGGACGUAUUGAAUGUGAACGCUGGAUUCAUCAUAUAGUGUACUGUAUUUGGGUUUGAGGGUUGCAACAAGGAGUGAAGAAAGCAUACGCGUGUAUGUAUCUGCUUUAAAUGUGUGCUGCUUGUGACGUAGGAAAAAAUGUGCGUGUCGCAGUGUAUUCUCGUUUACCCAUUCUUUACUACCAAAUUGACUGUAGGCUAUGGAGGUUUCUGGAGAAAGAUCGUACAGCAUGACUAUUCCCACUACAAAGACAAUUUUGUUUUUUACUUUUUUGAACCCCAUUGUAGUUCAAUUUUAGAUGUUUUGUAUUGUACAUAAAGGUUGUGAAAGACUCUUA